ACUGGGGACGGGCUGAGCGAAUCGCCGAGGCCAGCGGGCCGGGCGGGCGUCCUCGGCCGCUAUGAGCUGCACGAUCGAGAAGAUCCUGACGGACGCCAAGACGCUGCUGGAGCGGCUGCGCGAGCACGAUGCGGCGGCCGAGUCGCUGGUGGACCAGUCGGCCGCGCUGCACCGGCGGGUGGCGGCGAUGCGGGAGGCGGGCGCCGUGCUGCCCGAGCAGGUCGGGCCGGGCCGGGCCGCGCCCUGGGUAUCAAGAGGAUGCACCCGACGUGAAGGACAUGUCUAAAUAUAAACCUCACAUUCUGCUGUCUCAAGAGAAUACCCAGAUUAGAGACUUGCAGCAAGAAAACAGAGAGCUGUGGGUUUCCUUGGAGGAGCACCAGGAUGCUUUGGAACUCAUCAUGAGCAAGUACCGGAAACAGAUGUUACAGUUAAUGGUUGCUAAAAAGGCAGUGGAUACCGAACCAGUCCUGAAAGCUCACCAGUCUCACUCUGCAGAAAUUGAAAGUCAGAUUGACAGAAUCUGUGAAAUGGGAGAAGUGAUGAGGAAAGCCGUUCAGGUGGAUGAUAAUCAGUUUUGUAAGAUUCAGGAAAAACUAGCUCAACUAGAGCUUGAAAAUAAGGAACUUCGAGAAUUAUUGUCCAUCAGCAGUGAGUCUCUUCAGGUUGAGAAAGAAAAUUCUGUGGAUCCUGCUUCCCAGCCCAUCAAAUAACUGAACUUCUGAACUCUGGCUGCAGAUGGCCCGUCAUGGAGAGAAGUGACUACCUCUCCAUAAGACGCGUCCAUUCAAGUGUCUUGCCACAGACUUGAGUUAGUGUUGAUUAGAGGUAUGAGAUGGCAGUUCAAAAUUGCCACUUGCCAUUCAUUGUCCACAAAACAGUUUGGGGUGUAUUAGCAAAAAUAGACACGUCUCACCAUUCCUUUGUCAGAGACUACGUUCAGUUUUUACUCUGGGACCUGAAUUUAUAUAAACUGUUGUUUUCAGUUCAUUUUUGUUUUUCACAUCUCUGAAACUCCAAACAUUUUAUUAUAAACCAGUGAUUUUAUUUUAUAUAGGAUUAUAAAAUUGACUUCUAAGGAUUUUUAAGAGGUUGAACUUUUUAAAGGUACAUGUUUAGUGUAAACCUGGAUUUUUUUUUUUCCACUUGCAAAAGUAACGUGAUUCACAGAAGCAGAGCCUCUGGGUUCCAUCACUCAUCUGUGGAGUUUGGAUUCUCUCUGGUGCUAGGAGUUGACACUUCGUGGUCAGGUGUCUUUUCUCUUAAUUGAGAGGAUCUAUUACUAUUCCCCGGGAAAUAUCCUUGGCAACAAGUCACCUGGGUUUGGGUUGUUCUCCUCCCUACAAGGAUCGCAUAGUCAUUCAGAGGGUGCCCAGGAACUUGGACCUGCCCCAUCAUGUACAGUCCCACGCAAGCACUUGAUUUAAAUGCCACCUGAUUUAAAAGCUUUUAUUUAUUUGAUCAACAAUCAACUUGCUUUUUGUUUGACUAGGGAAUAUUCAGCUUAGGUGGUUGGCCGACUGUGAAGAACAUGUCAUAGAUUUCCCCACAUCACAGUUCAUAGGCACUGUGCCCCACUAUUGAUGAGUACAUUGCUGUGAUGGUGAAGGAUAGCACUGCUUGGAUGGCUUAUCACCGGCAGUAGUAGUCUGCUGUCUGAGAUUUAUUUGAUUUUUACAUGGAAGCACUGUAUCACCUACAGAAAGCUACUACAUUCCUGAUGCCAUGCAGGCAAUUGAGAACAAACUGAGAUUCCGGUGCAGGGAGGGUCUCCUAGUCACCUUGUCAACCUUCCCCUGGCCUUCCUGGUUUACUCAAAUUUAUAAAGAAUUCCUUUUACAUGAUUUGUUUGCCCAAAAUAGCUGAAAAAAAAAUCUUAACUCUGUCAAUAUUUGCCAAUACUAAGCACCAUACCACAUGCGAAAGAGGAUAUUAAGAAAGAGCUAGCUGGGCGGUGGUGGCGCACGCCUUUAAUCCCAGCACUGGGGAGGCAGAGGCAGGUGGAUCUCUGUGAGUUCGAGGCCAGCCUGGUCUACAGAGCAAUAUCCAGGACAGGCUCCAAAGCUACAGAGAAACCCUGUCUCAAAAAAAAAAAAAAAACAAAAAACAAAAAAGAAAAGAAAAGAAAGAUCUAGUGUUUUAUAUGUAAAGUUUCUUUUGUAUGGUCCAAAGAACUAAUUCGAGCUAAAGCAACAAAAUCUAUCCAGAAUGUUCUGAGUCCUCUGAUCCCAUUAAUACUUACGAACUUUAAUUAGAGUAGUUGACAAUUCCAACCGUUUGCCUUGAAGUAUCCCCUAAGUGCCCAAAGUGUACUCCACAAGCCCAUCGGAAGCAAGUGUCCUCUCCCCUAAGUGACAAAGUGUACUCCACAAGCCCAUCCAGGAGCAAGUGUUCUCUACCACUUGUCAGCUGUCAAUCAAGUUUCAUUGAAAAUGGUAGGGUUACUAGAUAGUCUGUUUCAACAGUGUACACAGGAGCCCUUUAUCUGCCUUUUGUUCCCUCUUUCCAUCUUAGCCACCAGAAGAACCUCUUCCUCUUAGUCCUGGGGAUAUACUGAGCUUUCAAUGCCCUGUGUCAUAUAAAUUAUGCUGGUGUUAAUGCUGUGAAGGUAAUAUAGAGCUAGUGUAUUGAAUGGAGAAGGAGUGCUCUUCACUUUGUGUGAAGAUGUUAAUGUCUCUUGCAGUAGAUGGAAGAAUUUAGUGUGUGAAAUUUUAAUAUGAAAUUAUCUUUGCUAAUAAAAACCUCUGGGGAAGAUUUGCUAA